AUGCCUCUGUAUGCAAAAUUCUUAAAGGAGAUUAUCAACAAAAAGAGACACUGGGAUGAAAAAGAAAGAGUAAUUCUAACUCAAGAAUAUAGCGUUGUGAUUCAGAAAGGAUUACCACCAAAGCUCAAGGACCCUGGAAGCUUCUUUCUGUCAUGUACUACUGGCAGCAUACUAUUGGACAAAGCCCUCUGUGAUCAAGGAGCCAGCAUCAACUUGAUGCCUCUCUCAUUAAUGAAGCAGCUUGCAAUAGAGGAACUCAAACCAACUAGAAUGUCACUCCAAAUGGCAGAUCGAUCACUCAAGAUACCUAAUGGAGUGGUGGAGAAUUUGUUAAUGAAGGUUGGAGAAUUCAUCUUUCCUGCUAACUUUGUCAUUUUAGACAUGGAAGAAGAAGGGCAUGACUCAAUUAUCUUGGGUACACCUUUCUUGGCCACAGCAAGGGCCAUUAUAGAUGUAGAGAAAGGUGAAAUGAUCCUCAGGGUGCAUGAUGAGCAAAUGAGCAUCAAUGUCUUCAAAGCUAUGGAAUACCCUCUUGAGAAAGCACAACACAUGAAAGUGGAAAUGAUAGAAGAACUAAUGGAGGAAGUGUUUGAAGUCAACGGUCAAGAAGAACAAGAAGAAGAGACAGAAGUCGUUCAAGAAGUCUCUGAAGAACAAGUGACUGAAAUUCCCUCUAAAGGUGAGAUAAAGGAGAAACCAAAACAAGAUCUGAAGCCUCUUCCUCCACACCUUAAAUAUGUAUUUCUUGGUAAGGAAGAUAGUUUUCCAGUGAUUAUUAACUCUGCCUUAAGUGGAGAAGAAGAAAGCAAACUUCUUGUUGUAUUGAAAGACUACAAAGAUGCAUUGGGGUGGACAAUUGAUGACUUGAAAGAAGAAGCCCUACGUCAACGAGAGGCUGAGAAAGACCUACAGAUGGAAAUAAGGCGAAGCCAGGAAUUGGAGGACAAACUCCUAAAACUUGAAGCCGAUCUCAAGACCAAAGCCAACCAAUCCCCUCAUGUGGAUAGCUCCUGCAAGGACCAAGAUUCGUUCACCAAAGAGAUCAUGAAGACCAAAAUCCCAAAGGACUUUAAACUCCUAGAUAUGACUUUAUACGAUGACACUACAGAUCCCAGCCAUCAUCUCAGCAAUUUUAGAAGCAAAAUGUAA